GCCAACCCGGUUCUAGAGCGUCAUUGGAGCUCUCUCUACAAUUGGAGCUCGACCACAGGCUGCACUCCAGCCGCGUCGACCCUAGCGACCAUUGAUUGCCUGCCAACAUCGACAUCAGCCACUCAACCACGGACUCCCCAGAGAUCUCUUUCUCCUCCUCCCGAAUAGCUUCUCCUGCGAUCCGACGAUAAUCGAGACGAACCAAGCACGCGGAAUACCUGCCCAUACCCAUAAUCAGUCAGUCAGACCGUGCGUACGGUACGCAACAAGGGUAACAGUCCACUGCUGUCUGGUGCUCCCCGUUCGGUACCGACAACAACAUGAGCAACGACGAGAGCACGCAGGCGUUCCUGCAGGAGAUCCUGCUCCAGUCCCCAGAACACCUUCAGGCCGAUGUCCUGCGGCUGCAAGAUCUCUGGGAGCAGAAGCUCUGGCACGAGCUCACCGAGACCCUGAUCACCAUCUUCAACAACCCCGAGAGCGCCUCAUCCCGCCUUCCCAUCUACAACAACUUCAUCCUGCAGUUCGCCGACAAGAUCAACCAGCUGAAGCUUGUCGACCUGGCCCUCAAGGCCGCCCAACAAUGUUCUGAUCUCCAAGAACGCCUCAGCUUCACCGAGGCAGUCGCAAAGAAGGUGGACCCCGAAGAGGAGAAGAAGAAGAACAAGAGCGCCGAUGAGGAGGAGGAUCCCAACUCGAGAAACGCAUACGUGUACGCGACGGUUGCGGUGGCACAGGUGAAGCUCGACCUCGGCAACCUCGAGGACGCCCGCAAGGACCUGGCCAAGGCCGAGAAGAAGCUGGAUGUCUUCGACUCUGUCGAGACGGUCGUCCAUGCCGCCUUCUACAAGAUCAACGCCGACUUCUACUACCUGAAGCAAGACUUCGCAUCCUACUACCGCAACGCACUGUUGUACCUGGCAUGCAUUGACAUCAAGAGCCUGGACGCCGGCGAGUGUCGCAAGCGGGCAUACGACCUGGCGACCGCGGCGCUGGUAUCGACGAGCAUCUACAACUUUGGCGAGCUGCUGCUGCACCCUGUCCUGGACGCGCUGAACAACGACAAGGACCGGUGGUUGCGAGAGCUGUUGUUCACAUUCAACGCCGGUGACCUGGUCAAGUACGACCAGCUGUCCGGGAGCAUCAACUCGGACAAGCUCCUGGCCCAGCACAAGGAGAAGCUGCGGGAGAAGAUCUACCUGGCAGCGCUCACAGAGGCCGUCUUCCGGCGGCCACCGCACGAGCGGGCGAUGAGCUUCGCGACGAUCGAGCAGGAGACCAAGGUCAAGCCCCAUGAGAUCGAGCACCUCGUGAUGAAGGCGCUGAGCCUGGGCCUGCUCCGGGGAACGGUGGACCAGGUGGACGAGGUGGCAAACAUCAACUGGGUCCAGCCCAAGGUCCUCGACUUCAAGCAAAUCGACAGCAUGCGUUCGCGUCUGGCUGAGUGGGACAGCAGUGUCAACCAGCUGGGCAACUGGAUCGAGAAGUCGGGCCAGGAUGUCUGGGCCGCGUAGCGAGCAGUCUAGGCGGUUCAGGGAACAGUUGCCGACUGGAGGUGGCGGAGUCGGGCGAGGGUUGUCAUGGCCUUGGAAGCCAAAAGCCGUCGGCCGGCUUGUGUAAAUGCAUUAGAGGCAGGCUCGGAAGACAAAAGAGACCAUUAUGAGCGAACUACCCUUGUCCGAGGGGCCUGUUUGACGAUAUUCAUGGUGAGCAAGGUCUCGGCAGUAAGAUGCUGGCAUUGCAUGUGCGCUGUAGUUGCUGGCCCAAGAACUGAAUAUCGCCUACCCAAGUCAAUUGCAGGAGGUUGUUGAGUUGGGUGCCAAUAUAUGUCAGUCUGGUCUUGCCUGGGAGAGCUAUGGUGUACCCAGACAUUCACCUAGACUUCCUAAGCCCAUACACGGGCAUUCUGGAACUUGCAAUUAUUUGAUACCA